AUGAUGAAAACAUUGCGACUGGUUGUUUUGAUUGUGCAGCGAGUUUUGAUUACGGCCGGCGUGUUCUUAACGGCUGCCGUUGUGAUCCACUUUACCGCGAUCGAUCCGAAGGAACGUGCUGUUUCGUGCGAUCGGGUUUGUAAUCGAGCCGACUGGCCACGGAUCUGCCGCUUUGAGCUGGUGGUGGAAAAGCGCACCUAUCACCCUGACAGCAACUUCGCUGUUACAGACAACGUGUCGUGGGUCGAUGGGUGGAAAUCCUCCGAGUCGCCCGUCAUCGCUUACUACUACACGAUCAAUGGACGAUACGUUGGUCCCACGCUGACCGUGUGCGAGAAUGACUUCCUGGUGGUGGAUGUCGAGAAUCGGAUCCCCGGUGAGAGCAUCUCGCUGCACUGGACGGGUCAAAGCCAGCGCCGUACGCCCUUCAUGGAUGGAGUACCGAUGAUAACUCAAUGUCCCAUAGCCAGCUAUACCCGGUUCCAGUACAAAUUCCAGGCGGAUAAAGCGGGCACUCAUCUGUAUCACGGCUUCACUGGAGCGGAACGUACCCAAGGUCUUCUUGGGGCCUUCGUAGUUCGCUCUGCAUACGAGCAAAAGCAUUCACCGGUCCUUAGUGUUCUCGCUGCCGAAACCGUCUGGCUGGUGACGGAGCUCCAUGGGAUGCUUGCAAUUAAUGGGCAACGGGACUGGAGACAGGCUUACGCGUUAAAUGGAACAACAGGCGAUUCCAACCUCCGUAUAAGACUCCUCUAUGCAGUGAGCCACUGCCAGCAUUUGGUCGAGCUGGAGGACCAUAACCUACAAGUCCUCACACUGGAUGGUAAUGGUUUGGAACAUGAUACCAUGCCCUCUGUUAGGCGCAUCAGGCUGCAUGAUGGUGUUCGGAUGGACCUAACAUUUACGCGACGAGUCCCAAUGGAGGGUGACCAAAUUAAGCGAGAUUACGAAAUUCGGUUCACCCCGCUAGAGACCAAACGAGGUUCAUGUGAGCGUGCAAUAUUUGCUCUCCACUUCGACUCCCCACUGCACGAGCGCUCACUCAGGAUGGAUGUCGGUGGGACGAACGAUGCUGAAAGUAUUAAAUAUAAUUUAAUCUCAUCUCCAAUGCUGCACCCAGCAGACAAAGCAUUAGACCUGGUUGGGAAUGCCUGUGGAGCGACUGUGCUAUGUCCGCAGGAUUUGCCCGGCGCAAGUGCACAGUUUCCAAAGGACCUCACUACGUACGACACCCGGCUUGAGUUUACGGUCAGCACACGGCCGCUAGAUGGAGCAGGACCCUUCGGAGAACCGAUCCGCCAGACGGUGCACUCCGUGAACGGGUUCACCUUUGCCUUUCCGUCCGUGCUGAUGCUACGCGAACCGGCCAACGAUGAGCUGCGGGCACACACAUGCGGUGGCCAUCGGACGCUGCCAAGAAGCUGUCACCCGAUGACGGCCCGGUGCGAGUGUGUGCAUGUCGAGCACAUCGAAGCAGGUCAUCGGGUGGAAAUGGUCCUAAUUAAUGCCGAUACUGCGGACGAUUACGUGUAUCACCUUCACGGACAGAGCGUGUUUGUCGUGGCGAUGGCCACCGGACAUCGGACCGCACCGGCAAAGCUGGUCCGCAACCUGACGGUCCCGCUGCAGCGAGACACAAUCGUUGUGCGGCGCGACUCGAUCGUUGUGGUGCGGUUCGUUGCCAAAAAUGCUGGACUGUGGUUGCUGCGGGAUAUUGGGUCACCGUCGUGGUCCCGUGGCUUGGAUGUGGUGCUGAAUGUGGGUACGCAUCAGGCGGACUUUGACAUUCCGAGCAAUUUUCCUUCCUGCAGGCAUUUUGUAGGUCCUAGGUACUUUUUAGUUUAA